AUGCGUUUGGUACUGAUUGUUAUCUACCUGAUACUUAUAAUGCCCAUCACCGGCCUGUGGAGAGCCGAAGGUAGCAACGUGCUGCUCGAUCCUGAACGGGUCUGUGAAAGCAAGCACCGGAAAUCGCGACGACUUUCGGGAAAGUUGGCUGACAUCUGCAAGAACGACACAUCGCUGAUGCACGAGAUCCACCGGGGCAUCAGCUUGGGUUUUCGGGAAUGCGAGAACCAAUUCCGGCACAACAUGUGGAACUGCUCCUGGACCAUCAAACGCAGCAUGCGCCGAAUUCUGGCCAAAGAUACGCGCGAGACAGCGUUCGUGCACGCGAUCACCGCCGCCGGUAUAACGUACGCGGUAACGAAGGCCUGCACGAUGGGCGACCUGCUGGAGUGUUCCUGCCAGAAGCACUCGAAAUCGAAACCGGAUGACGGGCGGGGUCGGGGACGAGGCGGCGCAGGGUACAGACCGACCGGUGGGAACCGUCGCCGUGUCGGUGGUGGCAAUCGUCCCAACCCGAACGGCAUCCCGAUUGCGCCCUAUCAGCAAAAUGUCAAUGCAAAUCCAGCCUAUGGUACCCUGACAGCGCCAGAGAUUGUGCGGAACGGUCGCGUCCAGCCGGCGGUCCGUCGACCCAACCGUCGUAAGCAGCGACACUCACCGAAGGGGGUGAAUGGUGGUGGUAGUGCGGGUGGAUUGCCCACGCCCGGACCAGGUCUGUUGAAGGAGCAUUCCACGUACACGAUACACGCGGACCAGGACGACAAAUGGAAGUGGGGCGGUUGCGACGAUAAUGUGAAUUUCGGUGUCCGAAAAUCGAAAGACUUCCUGGACGCCCGGUUGCGCAAGAAGAGUGACAUUAAGACGCUGGUCCGGCUGCACAACAAUGGCGCGGGACGAUUGGCCGUCAAGCAGUUUAUGCGCAUGGAGUGUAAAUGUCACGGGCUGUCCGGAUCGUGUACGACCAAGACCUGCUGGAUGAAGUUGCCCCCGUUCUCGGAGGUGGGCGCCCGGCUGAAGGAACACUUUGACGGUGCGACGAAGGUGAUUGCCAGCAACGAUGGCCACAGCUUCAUGCCCGACGAUGCGACUAUCAAGAAGCCGACGAAGGGCGACCUCGUCUACACGGAGGAUUCGGAUGACUUCUGCGAACCGAACGCGAAGACGGGCUCGCUCGGGACGCACGGCCGCGAGUGUAACAUCACCUCGAGCGGUGUCGAUGGGUGUAGCCUGAUGUGUUGCAAACGGGGCCAAUCCCACAACCGGGUGGAGGUGAAACGCAACUGUCACUGCAGCUUUAAAUGGUGCUGCGAAGUUACGUGCAGCACCUGCAUCGACAAACAGGAUGUGUACACCUGCAAAUGA